AUGGUGAAAAUCUCCUAUUCGUCAUUCGUCAAUUUCGUCGUCAUUCGGUACAGGGAACCCAUGAGAUUGCGCAAUCCAAUCCCAGAGACCAACACGAAUCUCCCUCCCGCUCUCUGGGGGACGUGCUUUGACAAGAUCUUCGAAAUUUUGCUUAAAAUUCAAAUUCUCAUCUUGAAAACAGAAAAAAAGUCUUCCAUACAGCAAAAGAAGUCCACAGGACUUAAUUUUGCAACUUUUCAUGGUCUCAAUAUGCUCCAAUCAGCCGUGACUCGUUCCGAAAUCUCAGCACAUGGCGAGGCCAAUGGUGCCCACCAAAACACUGGAGCAGAUAAUGUCCUGAACUCACAGAGUUCAACAAGGGACGGUAACAAAAUUUCUGAAAUAAAAGGAAAAACAGUUACUACCGGAAAGGCUGUAGAUAAGAAUACGGCAGCGUGUAAAAAUAUCGCUAGCAAUACGGUCACUCGCUCGAGUGUGAUGUCCACAGGGCAAUCCUGUCAUGUUUUGCAUGUUUUUGGUUUGAAGGAACUGAAAGACCUUCAUCAACCCUCGCUAUCUUCUAUGAAUGACAUGAUUUCAACUAUGAAAUCUGCAAUGGAAACUAUACAUUGUCACCAACCCCCAAAUUUAGUAAAUUUACAGCACUUUCUGAACUCGAAGUACGGAAACUUAUCGAAGGUAGCGCAAAGAAAAGCUGUUCUUUUGAUCCGAUGCCCACCUCACUGGUUUUUAGCUGCAUUGAUGUCCUGCUUCCCGUGAUCACAAAAAUGAUAAAUCUAUCCCUCGUGGAUGGUGUGUUUGCUGAUGUCUGGAAAUGUGCACUUGUUAAGCCGUUGCUCAAAAAAGCUGGUCUUGAUCCACUUCUUAGUAACUACAGACCUGUUAGUAAUUUGCCAUACAUAUCGAAGCUCACCGAAAAGGCGGUGUAUAAUCAACUUCAUUUACACAUGAUAGACAAUUCUGUUUAUCCAGAAAUGCAAUCAUCUUACAGAAAAGGACAUAGUACCGAAACAGCGCUUCUUCGAGUUGUUAACGAUAUCUUAAUGAAGAUGAAUUCACAAGAGGUCACUCUUCUUGUCAUGUUGGAUCUUAGUGCCGCCUUCGACACUGUUAAUCAUGAUAUACUGAUCAAACGUCUACACCAAGAAUUAGGUAUUGCUGAUUCUGCCCUGAGCUGGUUUGAGUCAUAUCUCCAUAACAGGAUGCAAAAAGUCGACAUCGAGGGAACGAUAUCUAACCCAUUCGAUUUAGGCUGCGGAGUUCCUCAAGGGUCGUGUCUUGGACCGAUUCUAUUUAUUAUAUAUGCAUCUAAGCUCUUUAAGAUCAUUGAACACGAGCUUCCUUGUGCUCAUUGUUAUGCUGAUGACACCCAGUUAUAUCUGAGUUUUAAACCUAAUACUACAUCUCAAGACCAAGUCUUGCAAGCAAUGGAGAACUGUAUUGAAAAGAUCAGGAAGUGGAUGAUUCAUGAUAGACUGUUAAUUAAUGAUAGAAAGACUGAACUGAUUUUAAUAGGCUCCAAACAACAAUUAUCUAAACUACAGCCAAUCAGUAUCUCCGUUGGCAACUCGGUAAUUAAUAAUAGCUCCGAGGUUAAAAAUCUAGGCUGUUGGUUGGAUGCUAACCUAAGCAUGUCUAAGCAUAUUACAAAUAUUUGCAAAUCUGCAUUCUUUUAUCUUCAUAACAUUAGAAGCAUUAAGAAAUAUUUACACGAAGACAGUCUCCAUACUUUAGUUCAUGCGUUUAUAACGAAUAGAUUAGAUUAUUGUAACAGUCUUUUGUAUGGUGCCUCAAAGGAACUGAUAGCUAAAGUACAACGUGUACAGAAUGCAGCCGCAAGACUGCUAUUGAACGUUGGAAGGUACUCGCAUAUUACUCCUAUUCUGUAUGAGUUACACUGGCUUCCAAUCCAGGCUCGCAUUAAAUUUAAAAUUCUUCUACUUACUUUUAAAGCGGUUCAUAAUCUAGCUCCGUCAUAUAUUAACAGCCUUAUAUCUAUUAAAUCAAAAUCUUCUUAUUGUCUUCGAUCUAAUGACGGUCUUUACUUAGAGCCCCCUAAGGGUAAGAUGCUGAAGACAUUUGGAGCUCGGUCUUUUCAGGCGGCAGCACCAUACUUAUGGAACAGACUUCCUUAUGAAAUUAGAAUGAUUAAGUGUUUGGAUAACUUUAAAAAAGCUAUUAAAACGUUUCUGUUUAAUGAAGCUUUUAGUAAUCAUUAACUCAGAUAUAUUACAUUAAAAUAAUUUAUUCUUAUAUAUUUUUAGCUACCAUUACUAUUGUAAAUUUUAUUUAGAUAUAUAAGGUUUUUAAUUUUUAUUCAGUGUAAAGCACUAUUGAUCUGUACAUGUAAAUAGGGCUAUACAACUAAUAAAUUAUUAUUAUUAUUACUCAGAAUAAAACGUCUCGUAAGAGGAAAAGAGACGAAAUGAGUGAUUCGGACCAGUCAAGCGACGAGGAAUCCAUCGCUGAAAAAGAGAGGUGCCAGACUCUCCAAUUCUUGAACUUAAAC